AGCUUUCCCGUCUCCCCGCAUAUCUGUCACGAUGCUUUUCAAAUUCACCAAGUCAGACAUCCUCAACUCUUCACUUGUUCACGCAGAGACUGGUGCUCUUGGAUACACCAUCCUCACCCGUCCCCACUACAUCCGAGGUGACGAUAAGGAUUCAGACACCGAGAGCGAAGACGACUGCAGGGACACCCGCAGGACCGCCAUAUGCAACAAGGCUGGAUCGGUGGUGGCAGAAAUAAGGUGGAAGGGCUACCAGCCCAUCGAAAUUGUCAUCGGGAAGGAGCGCAUGUCUGCCAAGGGCGUAUUUGGACGUCAGAGCGGUAUCCUAUCUGGAAAUAUUCUCGGAAUACCUACGCGAUUCGAUACAGAGUAUUUCUGGAUGGCCUUGCCUGAAGGACUCACACUUCUGGAUCAUGGCACUAACCAAGUCAAGGGACAAUUUCACACCAACAGUCUACGUGUUGGUGAUCGCUUGUUAGCGGCGCCAAUAUCGGGGCUGGGUCAUGACUACCUUGAGUUCGAAGCCCAUCCCCUUGUGUCAGUAGAAGAACUCAUCGUUACCUUCAUACUGGUGGAGGUACUCCGACGAAGCCGCUUCCAUCCUUACCCAGGUGAUCACGAUCGCCCGAAAAUUUGGAGGGCCACAUCACUGGCCAAUUUGCGCCGGCGACUACGGCGAACUACUUUGUAGAACAACCAAGAUAUACCCCCUUCUCUCCGUCUUUGUAUCCGUAACUACUCCCUCGCCGCUGUAUGCGUUUCUCCUUUUAGAUCGUCAUUCAUCGCGUUCUGUAGUGAUUCUCGGUGUUGGAAUCCCGAUGCACCCAAACAGGUGCUCCCUUUGUAUGUGUAGCUCUUUCACGUAGCCUUUCAGAGUCUGAGGCGUAAUAGACGUCAUCAGGUGGAUGUAUAUA